AGGCAGGAAGCAUGAGGGGGUGGAUACGCACACUAGCAAUGUGAGUGCCUGAGAGGUGGGGGAGCCUAUGUGUAUAAAUAUACCACAGUGAACGGGAGAAGCAGUCACAUAUCAAUAGAGGUCCGGAGACUGGAAUCACUCACAGAGCUCCUCAGCACCAACACAAUGAAGGCUCUUUUGUGGAGUAUAAUGUUGCUGUCGUUACUUUCACACGUGCUUUGCGACUGCCAGAAGGACUGCGUCACCUGCAACAAGCACUUAUAUCAACACGACAACUUCAACACUCUGGUUUGCAUUGUAGAGUGUGAAGGAAAGAUCUACUCCAGCUCCAUGUGGGGUCCAUGCAAAACAGUCCUUGUAAAGUCCUCGAUACAGCUCAGCAUGGACAGCUUCGAAGAAGACUUUAAACCCUUCAACCUGGACGACAGCCAGUUCACCAGUAACUUCAAGCGGCUGAGCGAUCUCACCAAAAUGGUGGACCUGAGUAAAAUUAAGGAUGAGAAAAGAUUGUCUAAACUUAGUAACCUGAUCCGCGAGCAAGGAGAGGAAGAAGACGCCAGCAUCGACGGCGGAGAAACCGCCCUGGGGAUGAGCACCGGACCUGAUGAAUUCGGGAACCUGCAGGAUCCUACAAAUGCCAUGGCCAAGCGAUUUGGCGGUUUUGUAAAAGGGAAAUACAGCUACAGGAAAUUCAUGGGUCCGUCGAAGGAUCUUCAGAAGCGUUACGGAGGCUUUAUUGGUGUCCGAAAGUCAGCCCGGAAAUGGAACAACCAGAAGAGGUUUAGCGAGUUUCUACGGCAAUACUUGGGGAUGUCCACGCGUUCGGCGGAGUACGACAGCUUCACCAAUGAUAUGAAUGAGCUGAACGAGCGGAACGAAAUCUAAGACGAUUCUUCAUUGAUGCACAUAGUUAUUUGAUUUGGAACUGAGAAGGCAGAAAGUCAACCUCACAUCAGAGUAUACUUUAGGAAUUUCUCGAAGAAAAUUUUUUUUUUUGUCAGUGAUAUUUUUGGCUCAUGGCUUCUGGAUGAUGUUCUGCUCAGAUCCUGGAGAGCUUUACCGAUUUUCGUUUUUAUUGUCCACUAUUGCUUUUUCCCGCUCAUUGAACACAAUGUUUGUGUAAAUAUAUUGCAUGCAAAACGGGGGUCUCAUCUGGCGCCAAGGUCGAAUUCUUUCAUUAAUUAAACGUUUACUUUUGCCACGACUCCACAUUCCUCCUAGAAUUUUAGGGCCAUGGAGCUGUGCUGGGUCACUUAAAGGGGUACUCCGCACCUAGACAUCUUAUCAUGGGGGACCCCAGAAAUCUACCUGCUGCACCCAGCGUCCGUUUAGAGCGACGGGGUGCAGCGCUGGAGACUUGUGGUGUCACGGCCAUGCCCUCUCAAUGCAAGUCUAUGGGAGGGGGCGUGACAGCCGUCACGCCCCCUCCCAUAGACUUGCAUUGAGGGGGCAUGGCCGUGACUUCACAAGCAGGGCGUGACCAUGACGUCACGAGCCUCCGCCCCUCUUUGCCAGUCAUCCGGCACGGAGCGAAGUUCACUCCAUGCACCGGAUGUCUGGGGUGCCGGAGCCAAGAUCGCAGAAGUCCCCAGUGGCACGACCCCUGCGAUCAGACAUCUUAUCCCCUAUCGUUUGGAUAGGGGAUAAGAUGUCUAGGGGCGGAGUACCUCUUUAGGGUUUGAUGUUUUUGUUUUUUUUUUCAUUUUGACGUGUGCAAGGAUAUUGUCCAGGGCUAAAAAAAAAAAAAGAAAAAACUAAAAAUUGGUAUUACUGGUCAGCUCCUUCCGCUUCGAUAAAGCUGAGCUGCAAUACCAGACUUAACCUAUGGACAGGUGUGGCGCUCUUUUUUUGAAAGAAAAAAGCCAUGUUCUGCUACUCCUGGAUAUGGCGUUUUCAUUCAGUUUAAAAACUAGAGCUUGAAAUCAUGCAACAAGACAAUUCAUUACCUCGUUUACCAGACAACCUAGUCCAAAGCUCAUUGUUGACCAUACGCAGUAAUGGUCCAGUGCCGAAAAUCCCCUUUUGAAACUCAUUGACCAUAGAUGUUCGAUAUCUUAUUGCGCAUGGUUAUCUUCUGGCCUGGUUCACAUAUAGGAGAACCUUGGAGAGAACGUGGGUAAGAUUUGUGUUCCUAAACCAGUGUUUCCCAAGCAGGGGGAGUACUGUGAGCCCUGCCUUGUGUACUGUCUGCCACCCAGCUUUCACAGUCUCCUAAAGAGAAUAUUUGGCUGAUAUAUUGGAGGUCCUUGGGAUAGCUGGGUGGCACACAUACGUGGCGUCCAGGUUUUUCAAACUCCUUAAGCCCCAUGCAAUCUCCCUGCCCCCGCACUAAUAACUUCUCUUGGCCCACAAUAAAUUUUCUCUCCCCCGCCCACUCCACCAGCUCUCGCUGCCCUUGUACUUACUAAUCUCUGCACCUGUCUACUGGACAGUUAAAUCAUGCUUUACCAUGACGCUGGUCCGGCGCCAUGAUAUUAAAACUACUGGGCAAUCUCCGCAGCCCGAAAGUAGAGUGAUCAGGAGAUGUAUCGGGAAUCUCAUAGACAUCUCCUGAUUGUGUUGCUCUCGGGCUGUGGAGAUUGCCCAGGAAUUUUAAACAUCCUGCCACCGGACCAACAUCAUGGUAAAGUAUGAUUUAACUGUCCAGGCUUCGCACUUUUACUCUCCUGCUGUGGAAUUGUCCAGGUUUCUGAUUGUUUACUUUUGGGCUGCCGAUAUUCUUGGUAUUGGGACAUCCUUAAACUCUACUUUAUUUUUAUUUAUUUUUUACUUAUAAGUAACAUGUACCAAGUUCAAUCAAAAAGUUGCAAGAUGGGAAAUUGGGGGCACAAGUCCUAGAUCCCCCCCCCCCCCCCCCCAUUGAUAUUUUGGGGUCCCAAGCUAUGCUGGAUAUAAAUGUAAUUAUAUGAUCAGAAUUAUAACUCUCUUACCAGAAACUGUAAAAGAGAAAAAGUUUUUUCAAACAAAAAUGAUUUUCAAAGUAGAAGAUCCCUGCAGGGUAAAAUAAUCUCAAUUGGAAGUCGGAUGAAAAGAAAAAGUAAUCGUUUUCCCAAUUUCACGCCUUUUCGAUCAGGAGUAUGAGAAAUGGUAUCUUUGGAUGAAAAGUUGGCACAUGUAUAAAAUAAUAAUAAAGUAUCUGAAAAGGACUUGGUGACAAUUGGUGACAAAUUCCGAGAAGGAGAAACAAAUAUUUUGGCUUCUUAAAAAGAACAAUUAAGCCAGUGUGCCACCAAAUGGUGCCACAUAAAGUCACGGGGUAUUCUCCAUUACAGCCAAUGCUUUCGGUGGAGAUUACCUUCACAAAACAUAUGAUGGAGAAUGUCGGGAGCUCUGUAUGCUUCUUUUUAAAGGGGUACUCCGGUGGAAAACUUUUUUUUUUUUUAAUGAACUGGUGCCAGAAAGUUAAACAGAUUUGUAAAUGACUUCUAUUAAAAAAA